UGUCUAUCAGGGUUAUUGUUACUCUUGGAAGCUUCACGUUGUUGGAAAACGCCAAGCACUGUAGCAAAUGACCCUACAGCCGCCGAAGUUCGAACCUAUGCAGCUGGCCAGCCAUUGUCGGGAUUUUCAUCGGCGUUUCCUCUCAACAGCUGACGCAACCUCGUACUUUUCCGCGUUGUACGCGAGGUCCGCUCGGGCCGCAGCGGAAGGGAAGGACGAGUACAAAAACUCCAACCACAUGGAAAGAGCAGGCAAACGCGGUUCAAGAUGUUGGCGCUGUUUCUGUUAUGUAUCAUCUCUUUCCAGGUGUCGUCUGCUUUGGGGGUUGCGACGUUUACCAAUCCGAUAAAGUCGAGCGACGGCUCGGAUCCUUUUAUGGUAUACCAUGAGGGAUAUUAUUAUUUAACCACAACCACUUGGUCCAAUAUUCAGAUUACUCGAGCGACGACUAUCAGUGGACUGAAGACAGCUACCCCAAAAGUGGUCUGGUCAGAUAGCACGUCCAGUCGAUGUUGUAACGUUUGGGCUCCCGAAAUUCACUGGCAACCGACCGAGGCCUCGUGGUACAUAUACUACUCUGCCGGAUCAAGCGGCACGCUUGACAAUCAGCACAUCCAUGUCUUGAAAGGAUCCUCGAAUAUUAUAUGGGACUCUGCCUGGAGCUACGCAGGACGCAUAGUCAUUCCUAACCGUGAUGUUUGGUCAAUCGACGCCACAGUCCUCGUUUAUGGCGAUAUUCGUUAUCUCGUGUUUUCAAGCUGGGACGGUAACUAUCAAUGUCUCUGGAUCGCGCAAAUGACUAGCGCAACAACGGUCGGCAGCGCUGUCAAAAUCUCGACUCCUACGCUUUCUUGGGAACAGGUCGGUGCUAAUGUGAAUGAGGGUCCAGCGGCAUUGUACCACGAUGGACGAACGUGGAUCGUGUUUUCGGCUUCGAGCUGUGCAGGGACAGCUUACUCCCUUGGACGGCUGGAGCUGACCGGCACCAAUCCUCUGAGCCCAAGCUCUUGGUCGAAAUACAGCAAUCCUAUUUUCACAUCUGCGAACGGAAAUAACGAGCCCGGUCACAAUGGGUUUUUCCUAAGCCCGAGUGGUAAUGAAAUCCACAUGGUAUAUCACGCUUCUUCAACCGUCCCAGCUUUGUGUGACGGAAGCAGGUAUACCAUGGUCCAACAGGUUACAUGGCAUACAGAUGGGACACCGAAUCUUGGCUCGCCCAGAGCUCUUACCGACAAUGUUCCGGAACCACAGUAAUCGCGUAUGGUAGACAUUCUUCAUGAAAGCCGAAUCUUAAUAUUUGU